AUGACACUUAGUUAAAUAAUAAUUAUUAUAAAAAUAAAAUCAAAAAUUUUAAAUUUUACUAAAACCUUAGUUAUUAAUAAAAGAGAAAAAAAAAUAUAAAAAUAACUAAAAAUGAACACUCAGUUUGAUCUUGCAGAUCAAUAACCCUUCCCCAACUAUCACCUUACAGGUAAUGGAUUAGGUUAUUUUAAUGCGUCACCAUUUGCAAAACUCAAUUACAAUCCUAGAAGUCCUCUCUAUCAUUAAAAUAAUCCUCCUACAUCCAAUCGCUUCAAGAAAAGUCAUGGUAGCAAUAAUGUCAACGUUCUACACUAAAACUUUCAGUCUAAUUAAUAUCUUUACCCUAAUAACAACGGAAGUAACUUUUCAUAAUACUAUCACAAAGAUAGUAAGUUUGAUGACAAUAACAAACCUAUUUCAAAUUUUGACACAUUAUAUGAUGAUUAAGAUAGAUAUAUGAAUGAAAAUAACUUUGGCUAUUCAUAUCAGAACAUUCCUACUCCUUUUAGUAAGAAAAGUAAUAACGAAUAUAAUAAUGAUUUUCAAUACAAUAAUAAGAAUGCCAUUUUAAAUAACAAUAACAACAAUAUCGCAUAUAAUAAUAACAGUAACUUUAUGUCAAAUAUAAGCAAUAACAUAAAUAAAUCAUAAAACUUAAUUAACGAUAAAAUUAAUUUCAACCAUAAUUUCAACUAAAAUGAAAUUAAUCUCACUCCUGUUGGGCAGUAGCCACAAAAGAAAACACGAGGAAGAGGUCGCCCUAAAAAAAAUCCUUAAGCACCUGUAAUUUAAAAAAAGCAAAAAAAUAAUGGUUAAAUAGCAAAAAAGAAAAAAUAGAAUGUAAGCAGCUCCUCAGAUAUUGAUGAUGAAAUCGAAAAAGAGUAUUUAAAGGAAAUACAGCAAACCAGUGAUUAAAAAAACUCUGAAAAAUAAAAAAAUUCAAUAGAUUCUAUGAAGGCUGAGGAGGAGUCUCUUUCUUCGAGUGAAUAAUUUAAGCCACAAGAUCAGCAAAACUAUUAUCAAAUUGCUACAAGAAAAUCAAGUAAAUCUAGAUAAAUAUAGAAAUCAAUCACAAAAAAUAAUAAAGAUGAAAAUAAUGAAAGAGCUAGUAAAGAUAUCAAUAGUAAGUAAAGACUGGAAUCUAAUGAAAGAGUACUUCGAAGCUUUGAAUAAAGAUAACCUCUGAUGGAUAGCUCUUCUUAAAUGAGAGGUAGUUCUUAAGGAACAUAAAAUGAACAAUAAAUUAUAAAUUUGCUAAUUUAGAGUUAAAGACAAUCUGGAUAACCAGUAGGAAGUGUAAAAUAAAUCUGCGAUAAAUACAUACAAAGAAAUAAGUAAAUUUUUUCUAAUCUUGCUGAAGAUAAUUUAAAUUUUUUCCCUAAAAUACUCACUCAAAAUAAUUUGCAAAAAAAACAACAAAAAAUAUCUCAAAAUAAAUAAGAUAUAACUCAAAAAUAAAAUAAUAACUUAAUAAUGAUUUAGGAUAUUGUAAGUUCUUCUGAAAUUACACAAUAAAAUCAACCAAGUUAGAAUAAUCAUAAAAAAUAGUAAUCAUCAGAAAAUAGCAAUAACUAAGAUUAGCAAAAUACUAAUUAAUCGAAUUUGCAAGAAAGCAACUAAAAAAAAUAAUCUGAAUCAGAGAAAUAAUAAGACCAGAAAUAAAAGAAAGAAGAAUAAGUUAAUCACUCUGAAAUAGAUGUCGAAGCAGAUCUUGAAGAAAAAAUUAAUACAAGUAUAGCUUAAGAAGAAACCAUAACAAUAACAGAUAGAAAAGAAUCCCCAAAAUAAUAACAAUUAAAUUCAAAGUAAAGUAAUUCUAAUCAAAAUGAUGAAUUCGCAAACAGAAGCACAACUUUAAAUUCAAUCAUUCAAAGCUCAUCCUUGAAGAAUUUAAACAAAAAAUACCUACAUUCUACAAAGCUCUCCAAAAAAAUCAACUCAUCUAAAGUCAUUAAGAAGCUUCAGAAUUAAAAGAAGAAGCUCAAAAAAAAACUAACUAAAAAGAACUAAAAUUAAUAUCAACAAUAUGUACAUUUCUAAUAAUAAUAUCCCUUUAGCGAUAACUUAGAAGCAUUUCCCCUAGGUAUAAAUCUAUCAUUUUUAAAUAACUAAAUUAAAAUGUUAAACAAAAAUACCAUCUCACAAUAACCCUAAGCUUUAUAAGAGUAAGUAAAUGAAAAUGAAUACUUAAAUCAAGCAAUUUUCUUUGAGAAACAAAGUUUUAUAUAUUAAAAUUUGAGUAAAAAGCUUGCUUACCUUGCAACCGGGCUUAGGUAGAAGUAUUUUAACAAUAGUAUAUUAAGAUAAAUAAGCUCUUAAUAAUAAGUUGUUAGAGAUGAACGCGGAAUCACCCGUAGAGGUAUUAAUAUAAAUAACAACAAACAUUUUGAAUAUCCUCAUAAUUUUCACCAUAUUUUACCUUCACAUCUAAUUAAUGGAUCUUUUAUAAGGUAAGAUUGA